AUGGGAUCGAUCGCUUUCUCAGAGACCGCAAAGCGACUGCCUACGCACACUCGUUACAAAGAUUAUAAUAUGGACACUAACGGACUCGUCGCGCCAGGCACAGUAGACAUCGCCGACGACGCAUCUGCUCAAGGUAUCCUGGUCAUCUCUCACACUAUUACGGCAACACUCGUACCUCUGGCAGCUAUUAUCCUCUUUGUCAGCAAUCUGCACCAUCGACAGCAAAAACGCUACCGACACUGUCAUAGCACACAUCACAUGCACGCGCCUCUGCAUUCACCCCCUAGCAGCGCCAACACAACAGGCGCCUUUCCAGUGGACGAGCGCAACCUAGACGCGACGAAGACGAUUUACACUCUCAGUGAUCUGGCAGGAUCACAGUCCUCUUCUGCGCUCGGAGCGGAGACCAUCGUCGUCCGGGCUAGCAGCAAUACAAGCGCCCGGAAUGACGCCAAGUAUCAUCUCGCUCCUUCCUUAGAUUCUCGUCGGUUCCCGUCCUUACGAUCCAACCCGUCAUUGUCUGGAAGUCAAGCCGCACUCUUGCGCCAGCAGCCCUGGACGGGUUCAAUUCGUAGCUCGGGUGAUGCGUAUGGCUCACCCGUGCCAUCGCCCGUCCCAACGCUGGAGUCCUCCUUUGCUCAGCAGCAACAAACUCAUCUAGGACAUUUGCUUGCUUCGUCACAAGUCAAGCAAUACUCACAUCUGCCAACCGGCGGGACCGCUGGAGCUGCUCACGUGUAUCCACAUAUACGUCUGCCAGGGAGCAGCGCGUCGUCGAGCGCUGCGUCGCAUCCGAGCCUGCUUUUCUGGUUCGAACCAUUGUUCGUCUUGCUAGGCAUGACGUUGCAUGGAAGUGUCGGAUUCCUGUACCUGACUCUAGACCUCUCGUCCGAAAGCGUCCCGGCAAUUCUCGAGCUUUCCAGCUGGGCGUGCCACGUCGUCCUACUUGGCAUCACUGCAUGGGAUUGUGUCACCUCUGCACUCUUACGCAAUUUCAGCGCGUCGCUAUGCAGCGUCGCAGGCAUCUGGCAAGCUCCGCGAUACGAAUGUAGCUUGCGCAGGCGUAUCGCGCGAUGGGUCAUGGGCUUCCUCCUGGCCUCUCUAGGACUUGCUAGUCUCGCGUUACACACUCACGUGCUCUUUAAGGCAAGAGGCGCUGCCGUAGCCGAUACACUUGCUGUCGAGUUUGAUCCGAAACCAAGGUUGGAUACCAUUGCGGCAGCAAGAGAGCUGCAACUGGACGUUAUCAUCAUGUCGACUGUGAAAUGCGCUUUUGCCUUUCUCGUCAUCGUCUGCGUCUGUCUCAAAUUGUGGGCAAACGUCAUCAACGACACCCAAACACCCUCGUUUGCCAUCAAACAAAUGGCACUUUCAGAAAAGUCAAAGUUCGGACCGGAUCGUUGGCACGAUCGCCUACGAUACCCUCACAAGGGACCGGAGGCCCAUGAUCUCUCCGUGCUGCCCAUAGCAGUCAUGAUCAUCGUUACGAUUGCGAUUUCGCUCUCAACCAAUGAGUUGUCUCCACGAGCACCGCGGACGUUCUUCUUUACGUUGCCCAGUCCUCGAGCACAUCUGAUCUUGUCAGGUCUGGUUUGGCUCAUCUGGAUGCUGUCAAGCUUCAUGCUCUUCGCUCCUGCUGAGGACCCUCACAAUGAGCAUUUACAUCUCGCUCGCCGGCGUUUGCCAGGUGCAUCGUUUCACGAGGCCAAAUCACGGCAAGUCACCCCACCUACCUUGGUACAAGUGACAGUCGCCCGGCCGAAGAGCCUGCCAGCGACUCGGACAAUGUCAACACGCUAUAGCACGCCGCCUGUCGCAGAUCAGGUCGACGUCGCACGCUCUGUCUCGGUACGAUCCUGCUCCACAGUCGCCUCGGGCAGCGUUCGCACGAUACACACUGAGCGUCUCUCGCGCAUCUCUCGGGCGUCCUGGCCGGCAAUGCAGUUGCCCGUUAUCGAGCCACUCUCCUUCGGGUCCGACAAGCUCACGCUAGGCAAGCGCUCAAUGUCCAUACGAGAUCAAUCACUAGAGCAGCAACGAUCGCGCAUCGACCCGACGCCGGAGGCGAUGGCAGCCGCAAUGGAAGCUUUGGGAUGGCGGCCAUGGGAGCAGCAGCGCGCGUCUGUCGAGCCCUUGGAGGCAGGCCUGGUCGUCGACGUCUCUGAGCAAUGCAAGACGUCAGAGCAGGAAGGACGCGGUGCGGAUUCACCUGACGAUAUCAUCGUCUUUGAUUGUCAAGACAGCGAAGCAGGAAAUCGAGCGUUCCUGCAUUAUUCGGCUUCUCGAGACGAUCGCUUCCAGAUCCCUCUCCUUCCUCGGCCAAGCUCAACGGCAAUUGUCAAGCAUCUCUCACGUGGCUCGUUCUCGGAUAUCCGGUUUGUGCAAGUAGACUCACCUGCCGGGAACAGCCAAAAGGCUGCACUUUCACAUAAGCAAAAAAAAUCGCAAGAAACGUAG